UAUCUUGUCUACAAUUGGUCUCUUGCAGUUUCUCUUCAUCUUCCUUGAACCUCUCAUUCUGCUGUGCCUCCUCGCCUCGCCUCAGCUCAGCUCUCAGAUCCGGAGCUCUGAUUUGCGCGACCAUGGCGUACUCGUUUCCGGAGGAGGUUCUGGAGCAUGUUUUCUCGUUUCUAAGCUCGGACAAGGACCGGAACGCGGUUUCCUUGGUGUGUAAGUCGUGGUACGAGAUUGAGCGGUGGUGUCGCCGCCGUAUAUUCAUCGGAAACUGCUACGCGGUCUCUCCGGAGAUCGUGAUCCGUCGGUUUCCGGAAAUAAGAGCGGUGGAGAUGAAGGGGAAGCCGCAUUUUGCUGAUUUCAACCUCGUGCCGGACGGUUGGGGUGCUUACGUGUGCCCGUGGAUCUCUGCCAUGGCGGCAGCUUAUCCGCUACUCGAGGAGAUCAGGCUCAAGCGGAUGGUGGUGACGGACGAGAGUUUGGAGUUGAUCUCUAAAUCCUUCAAGAAUUUCAAGGUUUUGGUGCUCUCGUCUUGUGAGGGAUUUUCGACGGAUGGCCUCGCCUCGAUUGCAGCCUAUUGCAGGAAUCUCAAGGAACUGGAUUUGCGGGAAAGCGAAGUUGAGGACCUGAGUGGGCACUGGCUUAGCCAUUUCCCUGACAACUACACCUCACUGGUGUCACUUAACAUUUCUUGCUUAGGCAAUGAGGUGAGUUUCUCCGCUUUGGAGCGUCUCGUGGCGCGGUGCCCCAAUCUGAGAUCACUGCGGCUCAACCGUGCUGUACCUCUUGAGAAGCUCCCAAAUCUCCUCCGCAGAGCGCCACAGUUAGUUGAAUUGGGUACCGGUGCUUAUUCUACUGAAAUACGAUCCGAAGUCUUCUCGAAUCUCUCUGAUGCUUUUGCAGCCUGUAAGCAACUUAAGAGCUUGUCCGGGUUUUGGGAUGUUGUUCCCUCGUAUCUUCCUGCCAUGUAUCCCAUCUGCUCUCAGAUCACUUCAUUGAACUUGAGUUAUGCUACCAUUCGUAGUCCCGACCUUGUCAAGCUUGUCAGCCAUUGUCCAAAUUUACAGCGCUUAUGGGUUCUUGAUUACAUCGAAGAUACAGGCUUGGAAGUUCUUGCUUCAACUUGCAAGGAUCUGCAAGAACUUCGGGUUUUCCCUUCAGAUCCUUAUGGAGCAGAGCCGGAUGUGUCGUUAACCGAACGAGGGCUUGUUUCUGUCUCCGAGGGAUGCCCAAAGCUCCAAUCUGUUCUUUAUUUCUGUCGCCAGAUGACGAAUGCAGCACUAGUUGCUAUUGCCAAGAAUCGGCCCAAUUUCAUCCGCUUCAGGCUCUGCAUCAUUGAACCCCGGGCUCCAGAUUACCUGACCUCAGAUCCUCUCGACACUGGCUUUGGUGCAAUCGUGGAGCAUUGCAAGGAUCUGCGGCGCCUUUCCAUGUCCGGCCUUCUAACUGACCGUGUCUUCAAGUACAUCGGGACACACGCCAAGAAACUAGAGAUGCUUUCCAUAGCAUUUGCUGGAGAAACUGACCUGGGCCUGCACCAUGUAUUAUCCGGCUGCGACAGCCUCCGGAAGCUGGAAAUCAGGGACUGCCCGUUUGGUGACAAGGCUCUCUUGGCCAAUGCUGCAAAGCUGGAGACAAUGCGAUCCCUUUGGAUGUCUUCUUGCUUAGUGAGUUUCGGAGCUUGUAAGCUGCUCGGUCAGAAGAUGCCCAGGCUCAACGUUGAGGUUAUAGACGAGCGAGGUCCACCUGAUUCCAGGCCCGAAAGCCUCCCUGUCGAAAGGCUCUAUGUUUACAGAACUGUUGCUGGACAAAGGGUCGACAUGCCCGGAUUCGUCUGGACUAUGGAUGACGAUGCGCCAACGCUACGGUGUUCUUGAGGCUGGUGUUCUUGAGGCUCCGGCGAAACCGAUCAAGAAGGUAGCAGGUACAAUGCUCUUUGCUCUAACCUUUCUACUUAAUUUGGAAAAAAAAGAAAAAGCUUUAUGUGAUUGCAGUAUAUCAGUGGAAGUGGGAAGGAAAGCCCUACCUGGUGGGGGUGGGAGGGGGGGGGGGGUUGAGAGCUCAAAUUGCCAUCAAUUUUUCACUUUGGCUGAGCCUAUUCAUUGCAAUCAGCUACUAAUAAGAAACCACAAAAAAAUGAGAAAAGAAAAAGAGGGGAGUAUGAAGUGUUAUGGGAGUUUGUUACCAUUGUUAUUAUGAUUAUGAUUAUUUGUUAGUAUGUGUAGUAAGUGCAGACUUGUGGCAACUUUUAGAUCCCUCUUGAUUUGAUUCUUGGCUGUGAGUCGAUUGUGCUCAUGUUCUUGAGUUUUGGGGGUUUGAUUUCAUUGUUUGAUCUGUCUGUCUUGUCUGUUUAUUGGCAGUGUAUGUUGUUGUUGGUAUGUAUUUUUGACAUUGGGACACAGGCAAUUAAUUACUUACUUUCCCAUCUUA